UGUGUGUGUGUGUGUGUGUGUGUGUGAAACCGUCUCGCAGUGCCGUUCAUUUCGGCUUAUUCAGUCCGUGUAUUAAGGAGAGAUGAGCGGCAGGGUUGGAGAUCUGAGCGUGAAACAGGCCGAGGCUCUGGCGCAGUUUCGGGAAAGGGUCCAAGAUGUCUUGCCACAGUGUCCGUCUCAGAGCGACCAUUUCUUACUGCGCUGGCUUCGAGCCAGAAAUUUCAACCUGCAAAAAGCUGAAGCAAUGCUUCGUAAGCAUUUGGAGUUCCGAAAACAGAUGAAGGCCGACACGAUCACUACUGACUGGAAGCCUCCAGAGGUUUUAGAGAAGUUUUUCUCAGGAGGAAUGUGUGGCUACGACCGAGAGGGCAGCCCUGUGUGGUACGACGUUAUCGGGCCGGUGGAUCCCAAAGGUCUCCUUCUCUCUGCCUCUAAGCAGGACUUCAUGAAGACAAAAGUACGAGAUUGUGAGAUGCUGCAGAAGGAAUGCAGCUUACAGAGCGAAAGGUUGGGUAAAAAUGUGGAGUCCAUCACUAUGAUCUAUGAUUGUGAAGGUUUGGGCCUGAAGCAUCUAUGGAAGCCUGCUAUAGAAACAUAUGGAGAGGUUUUGACCAUGUUUGAAGACAACUAUCCUGAAGGACUCAAGAGAUUAUUAAUUAUAAAAGCACCCAAACUGUUUCCUGUGGCGUAUAAUCUGGUGAAGCACUUUCUGAGUGAAGACACUCGCCACAAGAUCAUGGUUCUGGGGUCCAACUGGCAGGAGGUGCUAAAGAAACUCAUUGACCCUGAGGAGCUCCCAGCCAUCUAUGGGGGAAAACUGAUGGAUCCUGAUGGUGACCCGCGCUGCAGGACCAGGAUUAAGCAGGGUGGCCUGGUGCCCCAGUCCUACUACGCACGGGAUUUUAUUAAGAUGGAGUACGACCAGUGUGUGUCUAUCAGCCGCGGCUCCUCCCAUCAGCUCGAGUACGAGGUCCUCGCUCCAGGCUGUGUGCUUAGGUGGCAGUUCUGCUGUGAUGGUGGGGAUGUAGGUUUUGGGGUCUUUAUGAAGAAGAAACUGGGGGAAUGGAUGAAGGCAGGCCAGAUGCAGGAGGUCUUGACCAGUCAGCGCUACAACGCACACCUCGUACCUGAGGACGGAUCUCUCACCUGCACUGAGCCUGGAGUGUACGUGCUACGAUUUGACAACACCUACAGCAUCUUCCAGUCCAAAAAAGUCAGCUUCUCUGUGGAAGUCCUCUUACUCAGCAACGACAGCCAAUCACAGCCUGAGACGAGCAGGACGCCCGGACGGGAUGUCCCGAAUGAUCAGUGAGGUGUGAUUCUCUACCUGCCUGUUUAGAGACUGUCCGGCAGAGCAACCAGUACUUGAAAUGGCCUGUCUCAUGCACAGUAUUUUCCAGAAAAAAAGGUUUUGGAACUGUAAUUAUUUGUUCUGUAAAAAUGCUGCUCGUGGGAAGAGAACAAUGAGGUCUUUGCUGAAGACUUGACGUCAAUUCGUUGGAACCUAGUUUAAGGGAAUAGCUGCACAACCCAUAGUAUUAAUACAUAGUAUUAAGUUUCCUUCAACAUUUACCUUUUCCAACAGAAUCUAGCUCAUGUCAGUUUGGUGUUUGGUGUCUAAAUGCUUUGCUUUGGUACUUUACCAAGAGCCAGUUAACUUAAGACUUACACGAAUAUAUGUAAGGAAGCGCAAGCACUUAGUGUUAUUACUUAUGGAUGAUACAGUAUUGUGCAAAAGCUAAUUUCCUUAUAAAACUGCACAAAUUGUACCUGAGACUACCAGUAUUUUUUUUAAAGCAAAGAGUUAUCAUGCCAAAUAUUGACUUAGUUUAUUACUGUGUACUGUGCUUUAUAGUAUUUUUUUAAUGUAGUAAUGUUUAGUUUCAUUAUUUUUAAAGGCAUAUUUGCUAUAGAGCAUUUCUUUGCAGACUUUUGCACAGUACUUUAUAUGUAGCUAUCUAUUUUGAUAGAGAUGAUAAUCAUAUACUUCCAUUGUAUUUUUGUUAAUAAUAAAUAAUAAUCAUAUAUAUCCUGUUAAAAAGAAAAAAUCAUUCAUCUUCAGUAAGUGCUUUACCCAGGUCAGGGUUGCGGUGUAUUCAGAGCCUGUCAUGGGAAUCUUGGGCGAAGUACACACACAUGCUCAUACUAGGAGCAGUUUAGUGUUUAACCAAUGCAAAUACUGGCAUGUUUUUGGGAGGUGGGUGGAAACCCGUAGAACCUGGCGAAAAAUACCUUAGGUGGACACGGGAAGAACAUGGGAAACUCUACACAGAUAGCAACCUGAGCUACAGUAAGGAUCGAGCUAAGAGCCUAGAGCCGUGAGGCGAUAACACUACCCGCUGAACUACCAUGCCGCCCAAGCUUGAAAAUGUUUAUUUAAAAAGACGCUGAAAUAAUAAAAAUAAGAAAAUAAUUAAAUAAAAUAAAAAGAAGAGUCUAAAUAACAUGGAUUCAGAGAAAACUUUAUACUUAUUGUCAAUCACUAGAUUUAGAUUUUAAUUAAUUUUUUUUAUUUUGGUCUGAUUAUUUAUAAUUUUACAGCUUUAGACGAUUCGUUCCUUAACAGUGUGCAGCUUUAAUUGUUUUGUUUCUAACCUCUCCAAAAAGAAUCUUAAUUAA